AUGGAACGAUGACCGAUGACCAUUCGGGAUUGGUGGGAAGCUUUUAAGGAACUCUAAGAGAUUUCACAUUUGUUCUCCAAGGUAGACAAGGCCCUAGAAUUUUAGGGCUGAAUAAUGAAGGGUCAGCGAAAAUUAUACAGGAGUGGAAGUGUCCAAGUGGUUAAAAGCUGGUAAGUGCUUUUAAAGUCGAUCUGAAAACCCUUGUUGUGAGUUAUAAUCAGUAUUAGAUCAAUGUCCCCAUUCUUUCAUGGAACUCUUUCCAAUAGAAAUAAAUUUUGUCUCCAAUUUUAAAGCCCGGCAGUUCUAAAAGUUCGAAGUAUUUCCAAUUGAAUAAAAGUCAGUCAAGUGUUUUCACAAGUUUUUAGAAUGAUUAACAAAAUAUAUUUGGUAAAGAAAAGGGUAUUAAACAAAAAGCAUAUAUGGGAACAAAUAAUAAAAAGGUUGAAAAACGACCGCACUACUUGGUAAUCUUGCUUUGCCAAAUAAAACCACAAAUUACUGUGUAUCUUCUCCCCGCUUCUUAAACCUGCUUCUCAAUGAUACUUCUAUUCAUUCAUUCAGUUAUUCAAAUAUUUAAGCAUCUAAUAUGUACAAAACAUCAGAGGGACUUCAACAGCCAGACCGCAAUUUUUUAAAACUAUGUAGUAUUGACCAUCUAUUAUAGUAUUUUCGUUCCUGGAUGUGAAGAAAGUUAUUUUUUCAAACUUAAAUAUGCGACUAAAUUGAAAUAAACCAACCUUCCAUAUUUAAGCUUUCCGAAAGGUGAACAGUGAGCAAACCAUAAUUCUACCUUGGAGGGAAAAUAUAACCUAAGGGGGAAAAAAUCCACGCUUACUCUUGGGACUUUGAACCAUGAAGCAAUUGGGGAGGGGCCCCUUUAUUGUAUCUUGCCCUUAGUUACGAGGUUCAUGCAAUCUUAAGCUCGGUUUCAAAAACCAUUAAUAAUUACCCUUAAGAGGCAAACAAAAGGAAAAUUUCAUAAUCAGCGUGGUGUGCCUGUGAAGACUAUAAAAGCCGCACAACCCUGCUCAGCUCCUCACACUCCUGUUCCAUUCUCCUAGCUGCCUCACUGCUGGGUGACCAGGACACCAAAAUGAGCGUGAAAAAGUCUCCUGAAGAACUGAAGAAAAUCUUUGAAAAAUAUGCAGCCAAAGAAGGUGAUCCAGACCAGCUGUCGAAGGAGGAGCUGAAGCUACUGAUCCAGAAUGAACUCCCCGCUUUACUGAAAGGUUCAAGCUCCAUUGAUGACCUCUUCAAAGAACUGGACAAGAACGGAGAUGGAGAAGUUAGUUUUGAAGAAUUCCAGGUGUUAGUGAAAAAGAUAUCCCAGUGAAAGAAAAAACGAAACAAUGUCAUUCUAAGCCCCGAAAGAAGAGCACCUGGGAUGUGGCCCUACUCUAGAUGAAUGGCUAAAGUCUCUGUUUCAUUCUUUGCUAUUGUAAUAAUCCGGUGGUGAGGCCCUAAUAAAGAAAUUCUUAAACAUGU